CGAUAUGACAAUGGUGCAAAAGUGGAAGAAAGCAAUGAGAGAAAUUGGAGAGCUGAAAGGAUGGCCUUCGAAGGAGGACACGUAUGAAGGGAAGUUAAUAAAAGAAGUUGUUCAAAAAGUUGCUAGUAUAUUGAACAAGAAACCGUUGAGUGUUUCUAACAAUCUAGUUGGAAUCCAAUCUCGUAUAAAAGAAUUGUUGAUGCUAUUAGAUAUUGAAUCUAAUAACAGAAGAAUUGUCAGGAUCCACGGCCUUGGUGGCAUUGGAAAGACAACAAUCGCUAAGGCUGUCUAUAAUACAGUCGUUAAUCAUUUUGAGGGGUGUAGCUUUAUUACAGAUGUUCGAGAAACUGCUCAACGACAUAAUGGUCUUGUUCAUUUGCAAAAGCAACUUAUCUCUGAUAUCCUGAAACAAGAAAAUCAAGAUAUUACUAGUGUUGAUGAUGGAAUUAAUGUGAUCCACCAAAGAUUCCGUGGAAAAAAAGUUCUUAUUGUUCUUGAUGAUGUGGAUCAAGAUAUUCAAGUAGAAUCUUUAAUUGGGAACCACAAAUGGUUUGGUGCUGGAAGUAAGAUCAUUAUCAUAAACAGAAUUAAGCAAAUUUUAGGUGUUCAUGAACCAAAUGAGAUUUACGAGCCCAAAGCAAUGAAUUCAAAUGAUUCUCUUCAACUUUUUAGCCGUCAUGCAUUUAGAAGGGACCAACCACUAGAGAAUUAUUUGAAUCUUUCAAAAGCUAUGAUAAAGAUUAUUGGAGGACUUCCCUUGGCUCUUCAAGUUAUAGGUUCAUCUUUAUAUUUGAAGGAAAAAUCAGUAUGGAAGGGCAUGUUAAAGAAGUUGCAAAAAGUUCCCAAUGAUGAUGUCAUGAAAAGGUUGGAAAUAAGUUAUGAUGAAUUAGAGGAUGAGGAGAAACAAAUGUUUCUUGAUACUGCCUGUUUUUUCAUUGGAAUGGAUAAAGAUAUUGCGUGUCACAUAUGGGAUGGUUGUGGUCUUUCUUCUCAAGUAGAGCUUGAUGCUCUUUGUGCCAAGUCUUUGGUAACGAUUAGUGAAAAAGGUGAGUUAGGGAUGCAUGACCUGCUUCGGGAUCUUGGAAUGAAUAUUAUUCGUCAAGAGAAUAUAGAUGAGCCAGGGAAGCGUACUCGAAUAUUGUGUCAAGAGGAUGUCUUGGAUGUAUUGGAUAAACAAACGGGAACAAGUAAUGUUAAAGGACUCAGUAUUGAUUUCAGAACUGUAUCAAGGAGCAAUGGUUUGAUGACUGUAGGAUUUGCUGCAAUGACAAGGCUGAGGUUACUCCGAGUUGAUUAUGCAUGUUUUUCUGGGAACUUCACUCAUUCUUUUUCAGAACUGAGAUGGCUUAGUUGGAAAGGAUUCCCUAACCAAUAUGCGCAAAUCAAUUUUUGUCCACGGAAACUGGCAGUUCUUGAUCUAUCAUUUAGUGAGAUCACAAAAAGCUGGAUGGGCUGGAACUCCAUCAAGAUGGCAGUAAAACUAAAAGCUCUAAUUCUCACAUCUUGUCAUCGACUAUUUAGUACUCCCGAUGUUUCAGCAAAUCGACUCUUGGAGGUAUUGCUUCUUAACGACUGUAAAAAUUUGGAAGAGAUUGAUACAUCCAUUUGUUGUCUCACGAACUUAGUCAUAUUAAAGAUGAGUGACUGUGAGAGACUAAACGAUCUCCCAAGUGAAAUUUCCCAGUUGACUUCUCUCAAAAGUCUCAAUUUAGAAAAUUGUAGAAGUCUAAAGAAGUUGCCGAAGGAAUUGGGCCGCAUGGUAUCCUUGACAGAGCUUAAUUUAAGUAGUUGCAUUAGUCUAAUGGAUCUCCCAAGUGAAAUUUGUCAGUUGACUUCUCUCCAAAAACUCGAUUUAGGAAGCUGUCCAAAUCUAAAGAAGUUGCCGGAGGAAUUGGGCCACAUGAUAUCCUUGAGAGAACUUGAUUUAAUAUGGUGCAAGAGUCUAGUGUCUCUCCCAAGUGAAAUUUGUCAGUUGACUUCUCUCCAAAAACUCAAUUUAGGAAGAUGUCCAAAUCUAAAGAAGUUGCCGGAGGAAUUGGGCCAUAUGAUAUCCUUGAGGGAACUUGAUUUAGGAUGGUGCAAGAGUCUAGUGGAUCUCCCAAGUGAAAUUGUUCAGCUGACUUCUCUCCAAAAACUCAAUCUAAAAGGAUGUCGAAAUCUACAAAAGUUGCCAGAGAAAUUGGGCUGCAUGAUAUCCUUGAUUAAACUUAAUUUAAGUUUUUGCGGAAGUCUAAUGGAUCUACCAAGUGAAAUUUGUCAGUUGACUUCUCUUGAAACACUUGAUUUAAGUUAUUGCUCCAAUAUAGUCUACCUCCCAAGUAAAAUUUGUCAAUUGAAUUCUCUCAAAAGCUUCAAUGUAAGUUCAUGUAGAAGUUUGAUGGGCCUUAGUCUUAGCAGCAGCUAUUCAAAUCCAUACAUCUCAAUUUUGACAAGCCUUCAUGUUAGUGAUUGCCCUUCAAUUCAAUACAUUUCAGGUCUUCCCUCAAGUUUGAUCAGCCUUCAUGCUUGCUUUUGCAAAUCAAUGGUAAAAAUAUCAAGUACAUCAGGAGGAUUGAGAAAUUUAAAGACAUUACAUCUUGAAUUUUGCAAUCUUCUUAAAGAAAUUGAAGGGGUUGAUGAGAAAUUGGACUCCUUAGAGGUCCUCCACAUUGAGGGUUGCAGAUCUUUAAAAAGAUUACCAAAAUUGAGGGGCUCAAAAAAUCUAAGGAAUUUAAAGCUACUUGGGAACGAUGUGAUAUCCAAUUUUGAAGCCGAGGGGAUGGAGUCUCUGGAGAUGUUGGAGAUAAAGGAUUGCCGAGUAUUAAAAACAUUCCUGGAUAUCUCAACCUUGAAGAACUUGAACUAUUUAGAAAUCACUGGGUGCUUCUACUCAAUGGAAGGAUUACCUGAUCUUUCAAACUUCAAAGAGUUGAGGCAAUUAUAUAUUGGAAAUUGCUGGAACUUAAACAAAUUUUCGCCUAAAUUAGAGAUUGAGGAUUGGGGGAGCUUAACCAAAAUUCUAGGCCUUGACAGAUUGGAGUCCUUGAGAAAAUUGGAAAUAGAAGAUUGCUUAGCCAUUCAAAGAUUUCCAGAUUGUUUAAACUUUAAAAUGUUGACUCAUCUAAGCAUUAUACGCUGCAAGAAUUUGAGGGAGAUUCAUGAUGUUGACAGAUUGGAAUUGUUAGAGAAAUUCUUGAUUAUUGGGUGCGAGUCCUUGGAAAGAUUAUCAGAUCUGUCAAGCUUAAAAAGGUUAACUUUUCUAUACAUUGAAGACUGCAAGAAUCUAACAGAGAUUCAAGGUGUUGAUGGAUUGGAGUUGUUAGAGAAGUUGGAGAUUAUUGGGUGCGAGUCCUUGGAAAGAUUACCGGAUCUUUCGAACUUAAAAAAGUUGAAUAUUAUAUAG